AUGUACUGGGGUGUUAAAAACGGUAAGCCGAUACAGUGCUGGGUACCCCAGGAGUUCACUGGAGCUUGGGAAGACUUUGCCGAAAAUCUCUGUUGGGUGCAGAAUACUUACUUCUUGCUGCCGCAGGAAGCGAUUCCUGACGAUGAUUUCGAUUUAUACAAAACUCGAUACGUCUCAUAUUAUCAGUGGGUUGCUAUUGUUUUGGCAGGUCAAGCAAUGCUGGCUUGGGUUCCUCACAUAUUUUGGCGUGUGUGGUCCCGCCGAGUUCCUAUACUCUUAAAGACAGCUCGUGAGGCUGCAGUGCCUGACCAUGAGUUACGAAGAAAAGCUAUUGCAUGUCUUGUUGCUGCUUUGGAAGAGCAGGCUGAGUCAGCAACGCGUUAUCGACGGUCGCGAGGAAUGAUUGCUCGGUAUCUCUGUGGUACUUCACCCAGUAUACGCGUAACGCUCCUCUUCCUCAUGGUGCGAAUGCUAUUUAUUGCAAACAAUUUAGGCCAAAUAUAUCUUAUGAGGCGAUUCAUUGGCAGCAACGACACGAUGUUCGGAGUGAAGAUCUUCAAAGAUCUUCUUGCUGGACAGACCUGGGAGGAGUCUGGUCUCUUUCCAAGAGUAACUUUCUGCGAUAUCAAAGUUCGUAAAUUAGGCCACCUGAAACCUGCAUCGUAA